UCGGAGGAGGCGGCGGUCGCGCGGGCAGCGGGCUGUCCGCGGUUGCGGGGCCUCGAGCGGCGAAGCGAUCGCCGGUGACGGGCACUGGAGAGCUGCGCCCGCUGCGCGGGGCGCCCCUUCCCGCCCCCUGCACCAUGAGCUGGGGCACCGAGCUCUGGGAUCAGUUUGACAACCUAGAAAAACACACGCAGUGGGGGAUUGAUAUUCUUGAAAAAUACAUCAAAUUUGUAAAGGAAAGGACUGAGAUUGAACUCAGCUAUGCAAAGCAACUCAGGAAUCUUUCAAAGAAAUACCAACCCAAAAAGAACUCGAAGGAGGAGGAAGAAUACAAAUACACGGCAUGCAAGGCCUUCCUUUCCACCCUGAACGAGAUGAGCGACUAUGCUGGACAGCAUGAGGUCAUCUCUGAGAACAUGACAUCCCAGAUCACUGUGGACCUGGCCCGCUACGUUCAGGAGCUGAAGCAGGAGAGGAAAUCGAACUUUCACGAGGGAAGGAAGGCACAGCAGCACAUCGAGACUUGCUGGAAGCAGCUUGAAUCAAGUAAGAGGCGCUUCGAGCGGGACUGUAAGGAGGCCGACCGGGCGCAGCAGUACUUUGAGAAGAUGGACGCCGACAUCAACGUGACCAAGGCAGACGUCGAGAAGGCACGGCAGCAAGCUCAAAUCCGGCACCAAAUGGCAGAGGACAGCAAGGCAGAUUACUCCUCCAUCCUGCAGAAAUUCAACCGUGAACAGCACGAGUACUACCACACCCACAUCCCCAAUAUCUUCCAGAAAAUCCAGGAGAUGGAGGAGCGGAGGAUCGUGCGGAUGGGGCAGUCCAUGAAGACAUACGCAGAGGUCGACCGGCAGGUGAUCCCGAUCAUUGGCAAGUGCUUGGACGAAAUUGUGAAGGCGGCGGAGUCCAUUGAUCAGAACAGGGAUUCCCAGCUGGUCAUAGAGGCUUAUAAAUCAGGAUUUGAGCCCCCUGGUGACAUUGAAUUUGAGGAUUACACCCAGCCCAUGAAACGCACCGUGUCCGACAACAGCCUUUCCAAUUCCAGAGGGGAAGGCAAACCUGAGCUCAGACUGGCCGGCAAAGCCAAAGGAAAGCUAUGGCCAUUCAUCAAGAAAAACAAGCUUAUGUCCCUUUUAACAUCCCCCCAUCAGCCUCCCCCUCCCCCCCCUGCCUCUGCCUCACCUUCUGCUGUUCCCAACGGCCCCCAGUCUCCCAAGCAGCCAAAGGAACCCCUCUCCCAUCGCUUCAACGAGUUCAUGAUCUCCAAACCCAAAAUCCACUGCUUCAGGAGCCUAAAGCGCGGGCUUUCUCUCAAGCUGGGCUCCACUCCUGAGGACUUCAGCAACCUCCCGCCCGAGCAGCGGAGGAAAAAACUCCAACAGAAAGUCGAUGAUCUCAACCGAGAAAUCCAGAAGGAGAUGGACCAGAGAGACGCCAUCACCAAGAUGAAGGACGUGUACCUGAAGAACCCGCAGAUGGGGGACCCCGCCAGCCUGGACCACAAGCUCACAGAAGUCACCCAGAACAUCGAGAAGCUGCGAUUUGAGGCCCAGAAGUUUGAGGCCUGGCUGGCGGAGGUGGAAGGCAGGCUCCAGGCCCGCAGCGAGCAGGUGCGGAGGCAGAGCGGGAUGUAUGACGGCCAGCCGCCCCCCGCCGGCCACACCUGCGCCCAGGACCGGGAGAGCAGCCCAGAUGGCAGUUACACGGAGGAGCAAAGCCAGGAGAGCCAGGUCAAGGUGCUGGCCACGGACUUCGACGACGAGUUCGACGACGAGGAGCCGCUCCCCGCCAUCGGGACCUGCAAGGCCCUGUACACGUUUGAAGGUCAGAAUGAAGGCACCAUCUCGGUGGCGGAGGGCGAGACGCUGUACGUCAUCGAGGAGGACAAGGGCGACGGCUGGACCCGCAUCCGGAGGAGCGAGGACGAGGAGGGCUACGUCCCCACGUCCUACGUGGAAGUCUGUCUGGACAGAAAUGCCAAAGAUUCCUAAGGUGGCCUCGCCGGACCCCGCAAGCCUGCCAGGAGCCACCACGUCCAUCCGUCCAUCGCUUCUGCACCCGUCCGUCCGUCUGUCCGUCCGCUUGUCCCCACAGGCCGCCCGGGCUCCCCGCGCAUUCCACACUGUGCCUUCUGAGAACAACGGCGCCCGUGGGGCCUGGGUGGCCCCAUCUGUCACCCACCUGCCCCCCAGGGCCUACUUAACCAAUGCAUCCUGGGGGGGGGCUUCCCGGGUUGG